AUGACUUCCAAGCUGGCUGUUGCUCUUCUGGCAACCAUCCUGCUAUCUGCAUCUCUGCACGCAGCAUCAAUUCUGCCGAGUAGAGAGUCAGAACUUCGAUGCCUCUGCGUUGGUACGCACUCUGUACCUUUCCACCCCAAGUAUGUCAAGGAACUGAGAGUGAUUGAGAGUGGACCACAAUGUGAUCAUACAGAAAUCAUUGUAACCUUGGAAAAUGGAUUAUUGCUCUGCUUGAACCCCCAGGCAACAUGGGUGCAGAAGGUUGUACAGGUAUUUUUAGAGAGAGCUGGGGAGAAAGAGCCUUAA